AUGGCGGAAGAGAGUCCGGAGCUCCAGGCCAAGUUGAAGGACUUGGACCAAGAACUGGAGGAUGGCGAAAUCACGCAGAAAGGUUAUCAGAAGCGCCGCACCAUUCUCCUCUCGCAAUAUCUCGGCCCAAAUAAGCCGCUCGAUAUCAACGCCCAUGCGCACGCAAGCCAGGAAGAGCCAUCAAAUGGCUCCCAUAUGGCUCCUCCUGCCAUAUUGAGCGUUCGACCGCCGACCGCCGAGUCAUCCCAGCCCGCUAUCGCUUCGCCAACCUAUGCCGGCGGUUACGAGGAGUCCACAAGCAGCGGAGGAUUCGGCUACAAUCAGGAAAGGCAACCCCCGCAGGUUGGAGCGCCCGGAUCUUCAGAGAGAGAUAGCACUGGCAUGUUACAGCCUGUUGAUCGAAUGCAAUCCUCCUCGUCGUACGAUUCGCUCUUCCUUCCCAGGCCUGGUCCUCCGGGGUCACAAGGUCCAGACGGUUCCAGGACCGCGACGUUGAUGAGCCAGAACUAUGCUUUCAAUCCCGAGGCUCAGCAGGGUUAUAGCCAGCCGGAAUACGCCCAACCCGAGUACGUGGACGACGGGAUGGGGGUUUAUGAUGGUGCUUACGAUCCGGCCUCUGGUGGGGUCACGCGACACUCGACUAUGCUUGAUUCUCAGCAGGGAUACUUUUCGGACUUUGCCGGUCAACAGCAUGAUGACUAUAGAGAGAGCUAUGGUGGUGGAUUCCAUCGUUAUUCCCAAUCUGGGGAAGCCUUCUCGCCGACAGCCAACAUGGCACCGCCGUUUAUUCCUCCCUCAGAGCUCCCCCAUGGACCGAUCAUCGAGCACCUGCUCCCUCUCGAACCGCGUGAUAUUCCCUUUGCGGUCAACGACCCUCAUGACAAGAACAUACCCAUGUCCAACUUCGAGAAUAUCCCGGCAGUCCUCCGACACCGCGCACGAGUCCAUCCGAAGCAGCCGGCGUACUGGGUGUUGGAUCAGAAAGGAAAGGAAAUUGCAUCUAUAACAUGGGAUAAGCUCGCUAGCCGUGCCGAGAAGGUUGCUCAGGUCAUUCGGGACAAGAGUAACUUGUACCGUGGUGACCGAGUCGCGCUGAUCUAUCGCGACACCGAGGUCAUCGAGUUCGCCGUCGCUCUCAUGGGCUGUUUCAUUGCCGGAGUCGUUGCGGUUCCUAUCAACAGUCUGGAUGAUUACCAAUCUCUUAAUUUGGUGCUUACCUCGACCCAGGCGCACUUGGCUUUGACUACGGAGAAUAACUUGAAGGGCUUCCAACGUGACAUCACCGCACAGAAGCUGAACUGGCCGCGAGGAGUUGAGUGGUGGAAGACCAACGAGUUCGGCAGCUUUCAUCCAAAAAGGAAGGACGACACACCUCCGCUCGUCGUCCCAGACCUGGCCUAUAUCGAGUUUGCUCGGGCUCCCACUGGUGACAUGCGUGGCGUGGUCAUGAGCCACCGAACUAUCAUGCACCAAAUGGCUUGCCUGAGCGCGAUGGUCUCGACGGUCCCAAAUGACUCGAAUGCCAGGCAAUACGCGGCCAAGGGAGAAACGAUCAUCAGUUAUCUUGACCCAAGACAAGGAAUUGGUAUGAUAUUGGGCGUUCUAUUGACUGUAUAUGGCGGUCAUACAACCGUCUACCACGAGGACCGGGCCGUUGAGACACCCGGUCUAUACGCCCACCUAAUCACCAAAUACCGUGCGACAAUCAUGGCUGCCGACUACUCCGGCCUGAAGAUUGCCGCGUAUAACUACCAGCAAGACCCGAUGGCGACUCGGCAUUACAAGAAGAACUCCGAGCCCAAUUUCAGCACUGUCAAACUCUGCCUGAUCGACACGCUUACCCUCGAUCCUGAAUUCCACGAAAUUCUGUCAGAUAGAUGGCUGCGUCCGAUGAGAAACCCACGGGCCAGAGAAAUUGUCUCUCCAAUGCUUUGCCUGCCUGAACAUGGUGGCAUGGUUAUCAGUGUGCGCGAUUGGCUUGGUGGUGAAGAACGGAUGGGAUGCUCCUUGACGCAUGAGAUGGAUCCAGCUAUCCGGGACGGGACCAAGAAAGAUGAUGCCAAAUUGGAAAAAUCCGAGACCAACACAGGCUUUGGUAGCAGUCUCCUCGGCGGCGGUCCUCGUAUCUCUGCGCCCAAGAGGGAGAGUACCAAGAAUGAGUUGAGUGAGGUUUUACUCGAUAAGGAAGCUCUCAAGAGCAAUGAAGUUGUCGUCCUAGCCAUGGGUGAGGAUGCUCGCAAGUACGCUAGCAGCAUGCCUCAUGCUGUUCGUGUCGGUGCUUUUGGUUAUCCAAUCCCCGAUGCGACAUUAGCAGUCGUUGAUCCUGAGACCAACCUCUUAUGUACACCCAAUGUCGUCGGUGAAAUCUGGGUGGACUCGCCAUCAUUGUCUGGAGGGUUCUGGGCGUUGCCAAAGCACACGGAGGCGAUCUUCCAUGCCCGACCUUACAAGUUUGAAGACGCCAACCCCACGCCUAUUCUUGUCGAGCCCGAAUUCCUCCGAACUGGUCUUCUGGGCUGCGUGAUCGAGGGAAGGGUGUUUAUAUUGGGUCUGUACGAAGACCGACUGCGCCAGAAGGUUGAGUGGGUUGAGCACGGCCAGGAGAUUGUCGAGCAUCGGUAUUUCUUUGUUCAACAUUUGGUUGUCAGCCUGUUGAAGAAGGUCCCCAAGAUCCACGAUUGUACUGCAUUCGAUGUGUUUGUGAACGAUGAACAUCUGCCAGUUAUUGUGUUGGAGUCCUUUGCUGCCUCGACCGCGCCAACAACAUCUGGCGGGCCACCGAGACAACUAGACUCGGUCCUUCUUGAUUCACUUGCCGAGCGCUGUAUGGAGGUUCUUUACCAGGAGCAUCACUUGCGCGUCUACUGUGUGCUUCUCACGGCCCCGAACAGCCUCCCCCGUGUGACCAAGAACGGAAGACGAGAGAUCGGCAAUAUGCUCUGCCGCAAGGACUUCGAGGCCGGCAUGUUACAGGCUGUGCAUGUCAAGUUCGGGGUUGAGCGUUCGGUGUUGAAUCUACCCGUGGGCGUUGACCCUGAGGGAGGCAUCUGGUCACCACUCGCACUGGCCUCGAGACAGGAGGUACUUGCGUACCAAGAGAAGCAGUACUCAGGUGUUGACUAUCGAGAUGUUGUCAUGGACGACCGCACCUCCACACCUCUCAAUAAUUUCAAGUCUAUUGUUGAUCUUCUUCAGUGGCGUAUCUCUCGCCAAGCCGAAGAGCUGGCGUACUGCUCUAUCGACGGUCGCGGUAAAGAAGGCAAGGGCAUUACCUGGAAGAAGUUUGACCAGAAAGUGUCUGCGGUCGCAACCUAUCUGAAGAAUAAGGUCAAGGUCCGGCCAGGAGAUCAUCUGGUGCUGAUGUACACUCAUUCAGAAGAUUACGUCUAUGCCGUCCACGCUUGCUUCUGUCUGGGCGUUGUCGCCAUUCCGAUGGCUCCGAUUGAUCAGAACCGCCUGUCGGAAGAUGCGCCUGCUUUCCUGCAUGCUAUCAGCGAUUUCAAUGUCAAGGCUAUCAUUGUGAACACGGAGGUUGACCAUGUCAUGCGGCAGAAGCUUGUCUCUCAGCACAUCAAGCAGUCGGCGCAGGUCCUUCGCAUCGGUGUGCCGGCCAUCUACAACACGACGAAGCCGUCGAAGCAGUCCCAUGGUUGCCGCGAGCUCGGAUACACUGUGAAAGACACCUGGCUUCAAGCGAAUCAGCCAGCUCUGAUUUGGACCUACUGGACGCCGGACCAGCGACGAGUUUCUGUUCAGAUCGGGCAUGAUACCAUCCUAGGUAUGUGCAAGGUGCAGAAAGAGACAUGUCAAAUGACAAGCAUGAGACCUGUGCUGGGUAGUGUACGCAGCACUUUGGGUCUUGGAUUCCUUCACACCUGCUUGAUGGGUAUCUAUGUCGGGGCCCCUACCUACCUUGUCUCGCCUGUCGACUUCGCCCAGAACCCGAUGACACUCUUCGUGACGCUCUCUCGCUACAAGAUCAAAGACACUUAUGCCACGAGCCAGAUGUUGGAUUAUGCCAUCAGUGCCAUGGCAGGCAAGGGCUUCCAGCUGCAAGAAAUGAAGAACCUGAUGAUUUCCGCAGAGGGUCGGCCCAGAACCGACAUCUACCAGAAGGUGCGCCUGCACUUUGCCUCCACCAGCCUGGACCGCACCGCGAUCAAUGUCGUGUACUCGCAUGUCCUUAACCCGAUGAUCGUGACCAGAUCAUACAUGUGCAUUGAGCCGAUUGAGCUGUAUCUGGACAUCCGUAGCCUUCGUCGCGGCCUGAUCUACCCCGUAGAUCCGGAUGCCGACCCAUCUGCUCUCUUGCUCCAGGACUCUGGAAUGGUGCCAGUCAAUACUCAGAUUGCGAUUGUUAACCCGGAGACUUGCACUCUUGCCCAUGUCGGAGAGUAUGGUGAGAUCUGGGUCCAAUCCGAUGCCUGUGCCCAGGGAUUCUACAGGUCUAAGCAGGAGUUUGACUCCGAGAGAAUGAAUGGCCGAGUUCUCGACGGAGACCCCGGCGUGCCCUAUGUCCGCACUGGGGAUCUGGGAUUCCUCCACUCAGUCACUCGUCCUAUCGGACCUGGAGGCCAGCCCGUCGAAAUGCAGGUGCUGUUUGUGCUUGGAAGCAUUGGUGAGACCUUUGAGGUCAAUGGGUUGAACCACUUCCCCAUGGAUAUCGAGAAUUCCGUCGAGAGAUGCCAUCGCAACAUCAUGAAAGGAGGAUGUGCUAUCUUCCAGGCCGGUGGCUUGAUUGUGGUCGUGGUUGAAGUCACUCGCAAGGCGUUCCUGGCUUCUCUCGUCCCGGUCAUUGUCGACGCAAUUCUGAACGAGCACCAGGUGGUGGCGGAUAUCGUUGCCUUUGUCUCCACUGGCGACUUCCCUCGCUCGCGUCUCGGCGAGAAGCAGCGUGGAAAGGUCCUGGCAUCCUGGGUGACCCGCAAGUUGCGCACGAUAGCGCAAUUCAGCAUCCGGGACAUGGGGGAUAACCCGUUCGCCGUCAUGAUGCAACACCGCGCCAGCCGAAGCUCUAAGCCUGGAAGCAUGAUGGGCAGCAGCAUGCGACGGUCGACCAUGAACCCAGAUUCGGAAAUUCCUGUGGUUCCACAGUCUCCCCCAUCGCGAUGCCCGAACAGGAACUCGAUGUCGCACCGGAAGCUCGAUACGCGGACGGACAGCCAUGUAUCUGCAGCUCCUGUUUCAUCAGCAACAUCUACGGUGCCCUACAUUCAGGAACCUCUGUCAGCCACGAUUCACUCAGCGGAUGACGACCAGCACUUCCCACACGAGUUACCCCAAGCAGCCUCUGGCGAGCCAGGUCCGACCCGAGAUUUCCGCUUCAGCUUUGAUAUCAUCAACACUCCCGUCGAGUCCUCGUUCCCUACGACUGAGCAACUCUCGACCGGGCGGGACUCGCUUCCUAGCCAGCAACCCGGAAUGUACGGUCAGGGUUCAAGCCCCACGCACGAUGAGUAUCGGCCGGGCACCCAAGAAAGCGGGCUGAGCGGUGAUUGGGCUCAAGAAGCCCUGAUGUACCAGUCCGCACUGGGAGGCGAGGACGGUCAAGAUGCCCAGCGCACCCCAGCGCAGAAACGCUAUGAUGGUGGUGACUACGGGAAUUAA